GUAUGUACAUACCUUACCUAAUUACACGCAACUGACCUGCUUUCUCCCUUGAUUAGCGCCAUAACCCGCUUUAAUGCCACGACGCUCUCCAACACCGCCAUUGCCUUCCGCGACAUCCUGCCCGGCGAAGAGAUCACCAUCAGCUACUCCACAUUCGGCCUGCCUUCUGAAGCCCGCCAAAAGAAGCUCCUGUCCACGUGGGGCUUCAACUACACGUGUGACCUGUGCUCUCUUCCCCCAGACGAGAUAGCCGCCUCCGAUGAGAGGCGGACCCGGAUCUCGCGGCUGAGUCAAGAGGUCAUCGAGCUGGUGGAGCGCGGCGGCCAGGAGAACAUGGAGAAGGCGGUCGGUCUUUACGCCGAAGCGGUGGACGCUGUGAGGGAGGAGGGGCUGGUCCCGCAUCUGGGCGGGCAUUAUCAGGUUUUGGGACAGCUGUGGGCUGCUGCGGGGGAUGUCGAGAAAGGACGGGAGUGGAUGAAACGCGGGAGGCAAGAGACCGCCGCGUUUGAGGAGCCAAAGGAGGCCUGAGGACCGGAUAGCAGCGGAAAAGGGCCGCAAAGAGGGGGGAGAGAGGGGGAGGGGGAGAGGGUAAUAAGUUGUAAUUAUUACAAUCAAGAAUCUAGAGUUUCGAUGGAG